UCCGAAAUAUGAAAUUCAUUCCGGUAUUUGUUGGCGUUUUGGCGGUAUUUGCCUGCAGAAGAGCACAGAGCAGAUCAUAACCUCUGUUUUUCUUUCAAAAUAAGCGAGUGAAAUUUUACUUAGGGGUCUUUGUUGAUAGUAAAAUGUCGAACAAAAUACACAUUAGGGCCGCCUCGGACUCUACUAGAAUAAAUCCGUUUGCUGUAAACCAGAGCUACCCUCGUAUUUUCACUCCGGGGGAAACCGUUAUCGCCUCUUCUGAGACAGGCAUUUUGAGGGGACAGGGUACUUACUUUGAUGAGGGCAACUUGAAAGCUUCCGUUGCUGGGGUGAAGGAGCAGUGGGGCAAAAUCGUUUCAAUCAAUCCUCUAAAGAGUCGUUAUACAGGGCAGGUAGGAGAAUUCUUAGUUGGUAGGAUAACAGAGGUGCAACAAAAACGAUGGAAAGUAGAUACAAAUUCUCGCCUAGAUUCAGUUUUACUGUUGUCUUCAAUUAAGUUACCCACUGGAGAACAGAGAAGAACAUCUGCUGAAGACCAACAUAUGAUGCGGCAAUAUUUACAAGAAGGGGACCUCAUUAGUGCAGAGGUACUUAGUGUCUUCUCUGAUGGUUCACUGUCAUUGUACUUUAGAAGUUCUCACUCGAGAAAGCUAUCACAAGGGAUUCUUGUAAAAGUCUUUCCGUCCCUGGUUAAGAAAACGAAAGUCCAUUUUUACCGGUUAUCAUUCGGGGUUGACAUUAUCUUGGGCAGUAAUGGGUAUAUCUGGAUAAGUCCACCGACGGACAAUAAUACCGACACUAAUAUAGGAGGAUUUGUACAAAAUUUGGAGGAAGUUGUUCCGAGAGAUACUAGAGAAGCCAUGUCAAGGGUCCGUAACUGCAUCCUUGCUCUUGCUCAGAGUAAAAUGAUGCUCUUUUCGACAAGCAUUAUAUUCGCAUAUGAGGAAUCACUGAAGUACAGUGCAUCUGAGCUCCUGUUGCCUGAAGCUAUGGCGGAUGUGGCUUUUCUCACACAACACAGAUUGCAUCUCCUGCAGGAUUAUGAAUUCACUUGAAGACUUCAUUUUUUUUUUCAAAUAAAUAACUUGGUAACCCUA